AUGGCAUAUGUCACAAACUCUCUCGUCAUCCUCUGGUUGCUUAGCCUAGUCAACGGGAGCUAUGCACCCAAGUCCCAAGUUUCCUAUCUCAGGCCACGUGCCGAUACUGUGGAACAGAAUAGCUCCUCCAUCUUGACGGAGAGCCUUUUGAAUCCAAAUGCCACGGGAAGCUGGCCAAUCUUCGGCAUCGAUGUGUCGAAGCCACUUGCAGAGACUCCAACAAACAAUGAAUUCGGCCACGGAAACGGGUGGAGCAUUGACGUUGCAGUUGCCACAAACGUUAGUGGGGGAACUGUGAGCAAUUCGAACCCGUCAAAAAUCAGUCUUGACUCCUCAAACAAUCCGGUCGAGAGAGGAAACGCAACUGACGGGUACCGUAUCUGCUCAUAUAUUUGGUGGCAGAUGAGCUGGACUGAGAACAAGAUCAAGAAGCUCAAUGAUGAUAUCCAAGGCUCAUGUGGUGGCGUCAUCCCACAAAAUUGUAUCGACGAUCUUAAAGAAACUGCAGCGAAGGUCCAGUGCGAUAGUUCUUUGGAGUCUUCGCUGUACGGCAUCGGAUUCGACAUUCCGGCGAGCUGUAGCGACUCAAUGGCUUAUACAACGGCAGAAAGAAGAAACCUCACAACGGAGUUCAUCUCAAACGCCUCGGCCUCUUCGCACACGCUAUUUCAGUCAACUGCACCCUACAACAUUCCCGGCAACGAUAGUAAUACCAGACAGGUCUAUGACUACGCGGUGACACAGGUCUGGCCCGUAAUGCUCUCUUACAUUUAUACUGAAGGGAGCGCGGUUUCAAACUACACGGUCUUCCGCUGCGUUCGCGCCAAUGACGUUACUGCUGGAAGCCGGUCGCCCGAAAGCUUCGGAAAUAGACCAAGUUCAUCGACUCAACACAGAUCGUCGUUCGCGGGUCUUUUUGUUGGCUUGCUAGUUGCUACGAUCGUUUCGUCUCUCAUGUAA